UAGUGAAAGUGAGCUGCUGUAACUAUACUUAAUUCCUAACCUAUAAUAAAAUAUUAAAAAGUAGUAUAUUCAUCUAUUCUUAUUCAAAAUAAUUCAAAUUUGGUCCGAUGAUAAAUAUUGUCUUUUUUAUAAACAGUUUCAACCAACGAGAAUGCAAUUCAAUUUAUUGUAGGGUUUUAUAUCAGGGUAUUAUAGGCUAUACACAUUUCUUAAAGGUUGGGCUUGUGCCUAUCUGAGACAAUGUGGAUUAAACCUAUUCUGUCAAGGAGUGCAAAUUAUCAAUCAAUUUUAAAGUUUAAAAAAUUUAGGGGAGACAUUUAUUGGUGUCGUUGUCAGAGAUAUAUAUCUACCAGUCUAACACAAAACUAUGGAGAGAAGGUUGAAACUAAGUCCAAUGAAAGCAAAGUAUCAAGUGCAGAAGAAAUCCCCCAGAAGAAUAUAAGAAAUUUUAGUAUAAUAGCUCACGUUGAUCAUGGGAAAAGUACUUUGGCAGAUAGGCUUCUGGAGAUGACGGGAACAUUGGUGGCAAACCCAGAAAAUAAACAAGUGCUUGACAGAUUGCAGGUAGAGAGAGAGCGAGGCAUUACAGUGAAGGCUCAGACUGCCUCAUUGUUCUACAAUCACCAAGGAGAAGAGUAUUUGUUGAACCUCAUUGACACACCUGGCCACGUUGAUUUCUCCAAUGAGGUUGCCAGGUCUCUAGCAGCAUGUCAAGGUGUGAUUCUUCUGGUAGAUGCCAACCAAGGUGUUCAAGCUCAGACUGUAGCUAACUUCUACCUUGCGUUUGGUCAAGACCUCACUGUGCUGCCUGUACUCAACAAGAUUGAUCUAAAGAACGCUGAUCCUGAUCUCUGCAAAGAUCAACUCUUCAACUUGUUCACCAUUGAUCCGGAUGAUGUCUUGAUGAUAUCAGCUAAAGUAGGCACUGGUGUGGACAAUGUGCUCAAGGCAGUGGUAGAGAGAAUACCACCGCCUCCUGGAGAUAGGGAAGCUCCUCUACGGGCUCUCAUAUUUGACAGCUGGUAUGAUCGUUACCGCGGAGCCGUAGCUUUAGUCUACAUAAGGGAUGGUAGUUUGAAGGUGGGAGAUGAGAUAACAUCAGCUCACAGCCAACGGAAAUACUCUGUCAAAGGAGUUGGCUUACUGAGGCCGCAUGAGGAACCUACCAACAAACUUGUAGGGGGCCAGGUGGGAUGGAUGGUCUGCAACAUGCGCUCCGUGGCGGAGGCUCACAUAGGAGACACUAUACAUCACUCCUCUACCUCCGUGGAACCUCUGAUGGGCUUCACCCCCGCCAGACCCAUGGUCUUCGCCGGAGUCUACCCCAUGGACCAGGGUCAACACGUCAACAUGCGCAAUGCCAUAGAGAAACUAGCCCUCAACGAUCCUGCUGUUACAGUGACUCCAGACUCUAGUCCAGCUCUUGGUCAGGGAUGGAGGGUAGGCUUCCUGGGACUGUUACAUCUGGAGGUGUUCAACCAGAGACUAGAGCAGGAGUACGGAGCUGAGGCAGUCAUGACAGCACCUAGUGUACCUUACAAGGUAAAAAUCAUAGGCAAGAAAAACAUUAUAUUUUAUGGUGGUGAAGAAAUCUUCGUAUCCGAUCCGUCUAAGUUGCCCAAACCAGACAUAAUUGAGGAAAUAUUUGAACCCAUGGUUUUGGGUACCAUCAUCACACCAGAGGAGUACAUGUUCAAGAUAAUCUCCGAGUGUAUGGAGCGUAGAGGAAUUCAGAAAAACUCCACCAAAGUAGACGACUCUAGGGUUAUGCUUCAGUUCCUUCUACCACUCAACGAGAUAAUCGUAGACUUCCACGAUCAACUUAAGUCCCUGACGUCGGGGUUCGCCAGUUUUGACUACGAGGACCAAGGUUACACGCCAUCUGCUCUCGUCAAGCUGGACAUUGCUUUGAACGGUAACGUAGUGGAUGCGUUGUCUACGAUAGUGCAUUCCACCAAAGUGACGACUCAUGCCAAACGUAUGGUGGCAAAACUAGUGGAGAUCAUACCGAGACAAAUGAUUCAUAUUGCUAUCCAAGCUAUGAUAGGUUCAAAAGUACUUGCCAGAGAAAACCUCAAGGCUUUUAGGAAAGACGUCACAGCUAAGCUGUACGGAGGUGACGUAACAAGAAGACAAAAGCUGUUAAAACAACAGUCUGAGGGGAAGAAGAAGAUGCAGAAAAUCGCCAACAUCAAUAUACCGAGAGAUACUUUUAUUGAGGUGCUCAAACGGUAGCGAGUGCUACAGAUUUUUAUUGUUAUGGCUGAGUUGUCUUGGUAAUGAGUAAAAUAUGUGACGAGUGGCGUAGUUAAAGAGUCAUCUGAUCAAUCAAUACCUAUUGGGACGAGUCGUUUCGUUACUCGAUGCCUCCUAUUCCUCGUAUCAUUAUUAAGAAUCAAUCAUAGAAAAUUUACGAUUUUAAAUACUUUUUAUUGGACUGAAAGAAAUGCAUUCUUAAUCAGCCACAUAGCUUUUUGUUGACAUUAAAGGUUUAAAAUACCAAGAGUCAUUUAUUUCAAUGUACGGUAUUUUUUAAUUUUAAAGUUACAAACAUAAACUUUAUGCAUUUUAAUUCUGCUGUUCUUAAAAUCCACCUAUUUCGAACUAAAGUUAGAAAAUUAUUUAUAUUUUGAAAUGUUAGUCCGCAGCUGACUAUGUCAAAUGUUGGCAUUCCUUUUCAAAAAUUCAAGUUAUGAUAUCACAAAUGUUAAACAAAGCUGGCAAUAAUGCAGCGAACGACGGAGAUACGGUGGAGGUUGGUCAUGAUACCUUUAACGUCAAAUGUAUUAGUAUAACAGGUAACGUUGGAAAAGGUAGUUAUGUCUCGAUGAACAAUAGAGACACUUUGAUAUACUAAAAUGUUGCAGCAACAUUUUCAUCUGUGAUUGUGACAACGUUGUUAUUCUCUCCCGCAUAAACUGCAACAUUUUCAUAUUCUUUUGGGGUCGCAGUAAUAAUGACUACAUCUUUUGCAAUUUUAGUUUCACAUCAAUUGUGACUGGGGCGAUUUGCAAUAGAUUUAUUGAUAUUAUUGAAGAGGGUUCGGUCCCAGUUAGUUCAAAAUAGCGGGACUCUAAUAUGUGUGAAUAUAUUUCAGUUUCCAUUGCAAUACUUAUUUAAAUCCAUAUAUUCCCUUGAUAAAAAAAAACCUUGACAACUUGGCCAGGUUAUAUCAUACUGUUUGUUAAUUGUCAUUUUGUUAGUAAAAUUAUUUUAAAACCA